AUGGGAGGCUAGCGCGAGUUUAUUUUCCGACCGAUAUCCGAAUGCGCACAACUCUCACGGGCCCGCGGCAUACAGAAGAGAACUUCGAUAAAAUCCAUCAAGAUCUACUGCAGGACUCCGACAAGAAUUCGACCACCUUGUGAUCAACACACAACUUCUAGGACAGUUCUGUGUUCCAAUCCAACCGUUUCGAGGUACAUUCCUUUCCUGGCUGUGCGAGCAAAUUCUGCACAAAUUCGACUCCAAGAUGGCUACCGAUAAACGAUUCCAUUCGCUUAUCGUCGAUACUGGUCCCUUGAUCAAAAACACCAUCCCAAUCUCCACGAUCUUGCAAACUGCAGAGAAUGUCUAUUCCACCCCAGCUAUCUUGUCUGAAAUCAAGGAUGCGGCCACAAGAUCACGUGUAGAGACGACACUGCUCCCCUUCCUGAAGGUCCGAAGCCCUACACCAGCCAGUUAUGAAGCCGUCGUACAGUUCAGCAAGAAGACAGGCGACUUUCCCGUCCUGAGCAGGCAGGAUUUGGGGAUAUUGGCUCUGGCUUACGAAAUUGACCAAGAGAGGAAGAAGCAGGAAAUUGUUGAGAAAGAGAAAGCCCAAAACGACCCCGCAAAGGCCACAGAGGACACAGAAACCCCAACCCCUCAAGAUGUGGUUACCAAUGUGGUCUCAGAAUCCACACAAGAGCAGGGCAAACCAGUAGAACAUCAAUCAGCACCUUCGCCAGAAGUUUCUUUCGAAGAAGCUUCGGCCAAUGCCACAGAGGUUGCAGAGGUCUCAGAGGCCACAGAGGCUAGUACGUCCGUUGAGCCGCAAAGUAACAACGAAGAAGGCGGCGUCUCUCUCGCCGCAGAUGCAUCCGUACCAAACCCAGCUGAAACAGACUCGACAUCCCUUGAAGAAAACCUUUCUAACCUCGAAGUGUCGGAUCAACCUGAAGGAUUUGAUGAGGAUGAAGACGAUGGCGAGGGCGAUUGGAUAACUCCCUCAAACGUCAAGAAACACCAAGCAAAAGACAGCGGAGUGCAUAUGAAAGAGUCCGAGCUUUCUCCAGCAGCUGUCGCUACAAUGACUACCGAUUACGCCAUGCAAAAUGUCCUCCUGCAAAUGAAACUUGCUCUAGUCUCACCGUCGAUGCAGCGUAUAAAGAAUUUGCGCACCUAUAUUCUCCGCUGCCACGCAUGUUUUCUUACCACCAAGGAGAUGGAUAAGCAAUUUUGCCCACGGUGUGGUCAACCGUCGCUCAAGCGAGUUUCUUGUUCGACCAAUGCCAAAGGAGAGUUCAGAAUACAUUUGGCCAAAAACUUCCAAUGGAACAACAGGGGUAACAGGUAUAGCGUGCCGAAACCAGUUGGUGGCACGACCAAUGGCAAGAACAUCAAGGGCGGAGGCCAGGGUGGUUGGGGCAACAACUUAAUCCUUGCUGAAGACCAAAUAGAACAUGUCCGACAUAUUGCACAGGAGAAGAGAAAUAAAACGAGGGAUUUGAUGGAUGAGGAUUAUCUACCCGGAAUCCUGACAGGCGACCGAGGCCGAGCGGGUGGAAGAGCCAAGAUUGGUGCAGGGAGAAAUGUGAAUUCCAAGAAGAGGAGCUGAACCCGCUGAGAACGAAGGGAGAGGAUCUGAUGACAUGCAUGAAAACGGCGUUGAGACAAAAGCUUGCAUAUUUG